UGAGUAGGUGUCUUCAGAUGAUGAAAGACAAGCUUGUGGCCUUGUGGCAGAAGCUUCCGGGCGUGUCUUCGGGCUUGGACUCUGAACUACUGGCAGCCAUAUUGGACACCUUGGAGGUGCACAGCUGACAGGGAGCAACCAUGCCGUACGCUAGUGAUAAACUCUACAAGGAAUAUGUGCGGAGGAAUAUGGCUCGCUUCGCAACCGAGGUGAAAGUGAGAGAGAUCCUACCUCACCUGCCCUGCAUGACACAAAGCGACAGGGAGGAAGUGGAGGCGAAGCGGGAAAUGACGGGGAACUACAACGCCAUUCAGCUGCUGAUUGAUAACCUGAAGCGGCGGGAGAACUGGCCUGAUGAGUUCAUCAGUGCUCUAGAGGCGUGUGAGCACCCUAAACUCGCCCAGGAGAUGAGGGACGCUUACGAGGCCCUGAAACAACCCGAAGUGACGCCUCAGGCAGCUGGUGUCUCGGACAGCUCAGGAGCCGUAACCACGGCACACGUUCACCCUCCUCCUCCAGCAGUCAGUGAGCCGGCCCAGCCGCCGGUCCCCACACCCUCUCCUAGCGUGACCGCUGCUGAACCCGCCGCCGAGCCCACCGCUGAACCCACCGCUGAACCCGCCGCUGAACCCACCGCCGAGCCCACCGCUGAACCCGCCGCUCCUGCCCCAGUGUCCAGCCCCGAGGCUCUGGUCACCCCCGACGUCACCAGCGAGCCAGAUCCAUCGCCCGUCAUGGUUGUAGAAGCAGCGCCGACUUUCGGAAGCAUUCCACCCACUAUCCCUGAGGUUCCAGAGGAUCUCCCGACAGAGGAAGCCCAGACUCCUGACUCUGAGCUUGACAUCCCUGACGGUCCCACGCACACGCACACGCACGCACACGCUCCUCCCGUGGAGCUCUCGGAGUCCAGCAUGCCUCCGGAUCUACAGCCCCCUGCCGAAGAGACGGCUCCGGAGUCCCCAGAGGAAGCGAGAGCUCCCGUUCAAGAGACGAGCGCCCCCGACAGCACAGUGCACCCGCUCCUGCAAGAACCACAGGAGACAUCGGAUCCCACCAUGCAGGUCAGCACAGAGCAGUGGCCGGCAGAAGUGACUGAAGUUGAGGAAGUCCAGCCUCCACCACCUGACAUGCCCAACAUCACGCCACCUGCCCCUGCCCCUGCCCCUGCCCCUGCCCCUGCCCCUGCCCCUGCCCCUUCCCCUGCUCCGGUCUCUGCCCCUGUGGUUGCCAUGAUACACCAGCCCCCUCCCUCACUAUUACUGGACAGCAAGCCUGAGGUUCUUCAAAGUGUGGUCGAAGAUUCACAGGCCUCAGAGACUCAACCUCCUGAGCCUUGCUCGUUUACGACGGAUGAUAUGGAGUUGAGCACACCUGCUAGCGCCCAAGAGCCAGUGACUGUCAAAGAAAAUGGCAGUCCUUCCCAUCAGCCAAAUGGCCUCUUAGAUGACCAAGUCCCCUCUCCCCCUCACACCCCGACGUCCUUGUGUGCCACUUCCUCGAGUCCCCAGGAGCAAAGCACAGUGGUACAUGUAGUCCAUGUCUCUCAGGACCCGUCGAUCCAGAAUCAAGAUGGGCAAGAGGACACAGCCAUGGUUAACCACAGUGACACGCAAAGUGAGGCAAGUCUGACAGAGCCAACCGGUAACCACCAUAAUCUCACCCCGAGCACUGUGGGAAAUGAAGUCCACUUGAGCCCAGUGAAAGAGGAGGCCUCGGCCACAGAGGAUACCAGCUGCACAAAGACUGAGGUCAUCCUCGAGGCGAGAGACAAGGAGGCGCAAGAAAAAGAGAACAAUCACCAAGAGGACGGAGAGAGCAACGAAGAAGAACAAAGAGAAAAUCCCUUAGCAGGCCUCUUGCCGGCCCUUCAAAAUGUCCCUCUCAUUCCAGCCGCUGCCGCCGUUGGGGUCUGUGCACUGGUCUUUGCUUGGAAACUCCGCAACAUGACUUUCGCCAGCGAUAAACUCAAGAAUGGCUUCAUCCGUCGGAAUAGGUCACGUAUUACCAAUGAGGUGAAGGCACUGGAAAUACUGCUGCACUUGCCCUGUCUGACCACAACGGACACGGAAGAAGUGCAAGCGGCAUAUGCAAGAAUGGGGAACACGUAUGCCAUGUCACAGCUGCUGGAUAACCUGACGCGGCGGGAGAACUGGGCCGAGGAGUUCAUCAGUGCUCUGGAGGCGUGUGAGCACCCUACACUCGCCCAGGACAUGAGCGAGGCUUACGAGGCCAUGAAACUACCCAAACUGAGGCAAAAACCUGUGGCGCCAUCUGGUGGACCAACAUCUGCACAAAUCCUUUCCUCUUCAAGUAUUGCUGCCCAUCCACCAGUCAAUCCAUCAGCCCCCUCAUUCCCACCCCAGCAGGCUGCCCAAUAUGCCCCCUUUCCCCCAGAUUCCGCCCCCCUCCCCACACUAUCUGAAAGGUCUGCACUCCCUCCCAGCAGGACCCCAGAGCCUCCACACCAUCCUAAGGUGCCUCCUGAGUCUCUCUUCUACCUGAACACCAGUAACCAGCCAGCUUUCCAUCCCAGUAUGGCUGCCAGUACUGCAUCCGCCCCUAGUUUGGUACCAGUGCCACCUGUAAACAACCCAUCAGCUGCACCUGUGGCACAGGUCGUCCAGUCAGAAGGAGCCCAUACUCAACGCCUUGUUGUUACACCUGAGCCUGACAUCACAAAUGCCCCCAGGAGUGGGGUGACUCCCGCAGAAAUCUCCGAGCCCCCCAGCUUGCCACCAGAUCCACAGGCCCCCUUUUACACGUACAGUCCAGUGAACCCCCAGUCGACCAAGUUCCCCAUUCAGGAAAGCAGCUCCCCCAGCUGCAAAGUGAACCCACUCCAGCAAAGAUCAGAACACACCUCAAAUCCAUCAGUGCACCAGGUCAGCAGCACACACCAGCAUCCCACAGCAUCAUAUGAAGACCGUGAGGUCCGACGUCCACCACAUGGCACAAAGAACAUCACCCCUCCUGCUCCCGCUCCGGUCUCUGCACCUGUGGUUGCCAUGACACCCCGGCCAUUUCCCACACCGGUUGAAAGUGAUCUGGAGGACGAGUUCUUCAGCAAGCCUGGAGUUCUAAGUGUAGCAGACGAACCUUGUUCUCGUAGAACUCCAGACGAACGUAUAGCAGCAGAUCAGCCUUGUUCUCAGACCACCGACGACCUCGAAAUAAGUGCAGCUGCACCUGUCUUGCAGUCAGAUCAGGUACCUAAUUUUACUGACGCUAACCACGGCCAAGGAUCAGUUCAUAUCCAUAACAGUGGUAGUCCCAGCUGCCAGUCAGAUGGUCUUGUGGAUGACCUCGUCCUCUCGGACCAAGGAACAGAGGCGCAUGUAAUCCACUUUUCUCAGGAGCCAUCAAUCCAGAAUUAUGACGGCCAGAUUCCAAGCCGUUUGGUAAACAAAGUCUCCAGCCAAGAGAAGUCUGUGAUGAACCAGCAGCUUAACGCAAACCAACAUAGCCGCGCACAGAGCAUUCUGGGAAAUGGAGUUCAUUUGAGAUGUGGCACAAAGACUGAAGGCAUUACUGAGAAAAUGGGGAACGAAUCACAAGGAGAAGAGAGCAGACAUCAGGAGAAAGGAGCGCUGAGAAACGUCAGUGCAAGUCUCAUAUCACCCUUACAGAAUGUUCCUCUCAUUCCAGCAGCAGCUGUAGCUGUGGGGAUCAGUGUAAUUAUCGCUGUUUGGAAACUCUACAAAUGAAUGGCACUUGUGAUGCAGCUGGCCUCAUGGAACCCCAUCCAGUCCUUAUGACAAUCGUAUUUAAUCACUUGGAUUGAGAGAGUAUUUCUUCAGCAAAUCCACACCACCUUGAUGUUGCUCAUCCAUGUCCUUCUGAGAGCCCCUGAAAUUUGUCAACAAGCUUUCAUAUUCAAUGUUAAACAUCUCAAGUGAAUGGGGACGUGUACGUAAAAUAAAAUUCAUCAUUGUA